UCCCCACCCCUAUAACAGACCCUGAAGUGGGCUGCCGCCGCUCUGCCACCGCUCUGCACACCUCACUCUGCCCCUUCACCAUGGCUUACAUAGCCAAGUCCUUCUACGACCUCAGUGCCGUCAGCCUGGACGGGGAGAAGGUAGAUUUCAACACGUUCCGAGGCAGGGCCGUGCUGAUUGAGAACGUGGCCUCGCUCUGAGGCACGACCACCCGGGACUUCACCCAGCUCAACGAGUUGCAAUGCCGCUUCCCCAGGCGCCUGGUGGUUCUUGGCUUCCCUUGCAACCAAUUUGGACAUCAGGAGAACUGUCAGAAUGAGGAGAUCCUGAACAGUCUCAAGUAUGUCCGCCCCGGGGGUGGAUUCCAGCCCACUUUCACUCUUGUCCAAAAGUGUGAGGUGAAUGGUCAGAACGAGCAUCCUGUCUUCGCCUACCUGAAGGACAAGCUCCCCUACCCUUAUGAUGACCCAUUUUCCCUCAUGACCGACCCCAAGUUCAUCAUUUGGAGCCCGGUGCGCCGCUCCGACGUGGCCUGGAACUUUGAGAAGUUCCUUAUUGGGCCGGAGGGGGAGCCCUUCCGCCGCUACAGCCGUACCUUCCCUACCAUCAACAUUGAGCCUGACAUCAAGCGUCUCCUCAAAGUUGCCAUAUAGACAGGAGCUGCUCAGCACACAGAUCUACCCCAUCCCGCCCCUGGUAUCUUUCUCGAGGCUUUAGUGUGCCCACAGGAGACACUGCUGGGCCAAAGCUUCCUCUUGAAGAGCCUUGCCCUUCCAGGCCACCUGGUCUCCCUUCCCUCCCCCAACCUUCUGCCUGGUGAUUCUACUUGGAGCUCCAAGAUUUGGGUGGCUCUGGCCCUUCACAGAAUGAUGGCACCUUCCUAAACCUUAUGGGCGGUGUCUGAGAAGUGUGAAGGGCUUAGAGCCAGGCUGCUAGCUGUGUCCAAUAAAGGGCAGGUAUGCAAACA